AUGGCUUCCUUCUUGCAUGGCUUCCUUCCUGUCUUCCUUCUUCCUGUUUGCCUUCCUUCCUUCCUUCUUUCCUGUCUGAUUCCUUCCUUCCUUCCUUCCUUCUUUCUUUCGUCCCUGCCUUCCUUCCUUCCUUCUUUCUUUCGUCCCUGCCUUCCUUCCUUCCUUCCUUCCUUCCUUCCUUCCUUUCCUUCCUUCCCUUCCUUUCAUCCCGGCCUUCCUUCCAUCCUUCCUUCCUUCCUUCGUCCCAGCCUUCCUUCCUUCCUUCCUUCCUUCCUUCCUUCCUUCCUUCCUUCCUUCCAGCCUUCUUUCUUUCUUUCCUUCCUCCCCUCCUUCCUUCCCUCCUUCCUUCCUUUCCUUCUUUCCUUCCUUCCUUCUUUGUGCGUAUCUAUCUAUCUAUCUAUCUAUCUAUCUAUUAAGCGAAUGGACGCCAAAACGCCACCACAUUCAUCAUCCCAAAGUAAAUAUAAAUCUCCUUUUUCUUUCCAACUUCCUGAAAUAUUUUCAUUUUUUUUUUCUUCUUCUGUGUUCCUUUCUUUUUUAAAAAAUCGUUUCGGUUGUUUUUCCUUUCCGUCUUUUUUUCUCCUUCCACACCCAUCGUCCCUACCCCCUCCUGCAUAUCCAUUUAUUAUUGUUAUUAUGCCUCAGGCCUCGACUUUCUUAAUUGAUCUUUUUCGUUGCAAUUAG